AUGGAACAUCUCCAGAAGGCCGUUGACACUGGAAAUGAUCAGUUUGUUCGACUGCUUCUCAAAGUACUGCACGAGGAGUCCUUUGACGUUACUCGCAUAUUGAAGGUGGCACUCUUACGAUCGACAGUGUCCAACAUGUUGGACAGUGUUCAUUAUAUCAUGGAGAGUGUUGUUCCAUCCAUCUCAUUGAAGAAAGACGACAAUUUUUUGUUGAAAAUCUUCAAUGAUUGUCUGCUUCACUGUUCCAAAACAGGCAACGUCGACAUGUUCAAAGUGUUUAGCUCAUCUACUGUUGGCGCCCAACUACUGAAGGGUUGUGAACUUGGAAACAUCAUCGAUCAUGGCCACGAAUCAUUCAUCAAGCACCUCUUUGAUCAUCAUGUUGGCAACGACACCAUCACCAAGAUGUCCGAGAGGCACAUUCGACAAGCAAUGGAGAGGUCAACAACAAAUGGAUAUGGAGGCGACUCAACAAUGUCCACCGAGGUCAUUCCCAAUCCAAGUACCAAAUCUAAGCCACCAGUCACACUGAUGCAAGCGAUCCACAAUGAUGACAUUUUGGCCGUAGAGGAGUUGCUCAUGCGCAAUCGUGAAGGGAUUGAGUUGGAUGGACACACAUGCCAUAAAAUGUCGGAGCCCAUGGCAAGACUGCUCAGCAGUCCUCGAACACCUAAGCUGAACUUCUGCGACUCAAUCAUUAACAUGGUGGAGGCAGUUCACAAAUCAGGAAGCAACAUCACCGUGGACAUUGUGUGUCAUUUCAUUGAUAAUUGUGAACAUUAUGCAACAAACUACAAUAGUGAUGAUGAUGAUGAUGAUGAUGAUGAUGAUGAUGAUGAUGAUGAUGGAUACUAUGGGCAUUUCAUGGAAGCAAUGAUAUUGGCCGCUAGAUUCUCAUUGAAGCUUAUGAGCACACUCAAAGUUCGGUUCGAUAUCAGUUACAACAUGCAAUGUUUGGUCGAGGCACUUGAAUCAAAGUGCCGCGAGACAAUGGAGGUAUUGUUUCAAGAAUUAGAUCCUGGUCAGAUCGAUGUCAGGAAGACAAUAUUCAAUAGCAUUAGUGAAGAGUCUGCAUCAUUGGAGGAGAUCACAUUCAUUCUGGAUCGCGUGGUUGAGAUCAGGAAUGACCCCAUCAUCUGUGAAUAUGUCAUGUACAAUGAUGAUGAGCAUGUUAUUGAACAAGUGAUCAACAUGUUUACUCCAGAGCAAAUGAGUGACAAGGAGUUGAGUUCAAUCAUAUCAAUGGCAAUGAUGAACAACAAGCUACACAUUGUAAAAUUACUCCAACAACGAUUCAUAUCGAAUAGAUCAUCCAAUACUCUUUUUCGUCCUGACCUCUGGACACUAAUGGUCAUGACUAAGGAUAAUGCAUACAACACACUCGAGUACCACUUCAACUCAUCGACAUUCGCCAACAUUCCAAUAAUACAUCGAUUGCGAACCAUUCACCGAAUCAUGGACCUUGCUUAUGAACAUGGAAUGACCAGAGUGGUCAACCUGUGCGCUGAUCAGAUCAAGGCCACCACCACGUCAACAUCAAUGGUUAAGCACACACAUAAAGAUACAACAAUGAAUGACGUUCAAACAAGUUCAAGCAAGGAGUUGGAGACAGCGUUUCACACAGUGUUCAGAGAUAGGAAGCUUGGAAUGCUGAUCAUGGGACAGAUCGAGGCGCAAAAUGAUUCAGAAUGUGAGGAUGGUAUUCUAAAGAUCAAGGGUGCACAGUUGUUCAACGAUCGUUGCCUUGAAGAUUUCAUUCGUUAUGGCGCAUUAGAAUGGUUCCACAAGGAGUACUCUACAUCCACAUUUGGAACAAUCCCCAACUUAAUAUUCCUGGGCAGUGCAAUGGAGUACGACUUGCGAUGCAUCAAGACCCUUUUGGCAAACCCCAUGAUGUCGUUUUAUCGAGACCCAAGCACGAACUCAUUCUUUUGGAACUUAUCAUCAUGUUCCCAUCCUGAAUGGGAGUGGAUGUUUGAUCAGUUCAUCAUAAUCACUUCUCCCCAGACAUCAAAUGUUGCCCUUGAUGACAAGUUAAUUUCAAAUAUCCGCCAUCCAUCAUUCCUCCGCAAACUCAUGGAAUUGGAUAUCAAAGUCACACGUACAACAAAUGAAGAGAAUGAAGAGAGUGAAGAGAAUGAGCAAAUCAACAACAUGACCAAGGGAUGGCUCACCAAGCCCUGGGCUUUGGAGAUGUUCCAACUACUGGAACAACACUCCUUCAUAGGUGUGGAACUCCGCAAUGGACUAUUACUCAAAGCAGUUGAGCACGACAUCAAAUCAAUCAUUGUAUAUUGUAUCGAUCAACAAUAUAUAACCAACUCAUUGGAACUUCUAAAGCAAUGUUGCCAGUUUGGACGAGUUGACCUCAUGGACAAGCUACUUCCAUUCCUUCCCAAGCCACAGUGCUCCACUCUGUUCAGACACUCCUUGCAACACGGUCAUCUUGAUAUCAUAGGAAAGAUCCACUCUCUCUUUGUCCAAUCAUCCGGCAACGAUUACCAUAUAGAAUUUCUAGAGUUUCUCAAGAUUCCUUUGGUCAGUGGUCACUUGGAUGUUGUCAACUUUAUACUGGAUAUCCGAUCAAACUUUAAUGACGAUAAGUUAAAGACAUUGAGACCAUGUUUUAUCAGUGGAAUUGGCCCAAACAUCAUUUCUGUUGACUUGAUCAAACGAUUGAUGACCAUUCCCAAACUCACCUUCGACUUUGACAACCUGUUAUCAUUGGCAAUCAAACAUGGAAACAAGGAUAUGAUCACAUUUGCAAUGAAUGAGUGCUCUGAAUCUUUGGUGUCAGGUAAUCACCUUGAAAGUGCAUUUCAAGUUGGUGAUGUGAACACAGUCCGAGCGAUCAUCGACAGAGUGCCAAAGUUCACUAUAUACAUGGAUAUCUUUCCCUCAUUGUUCGAACACAUUGGAGAACCCAACAGCAAAGUCACUGAGGAUGUGAUGAUUGAGCUGGUAACCAAACUUACCAACAUCGGGUUAAAGUUAUAUUUAUCAAGAGUACUCUUAAAGGUGGCGUCCAUGCCAGUGUCAGUGAUCAAGAUGGUGAUCAAACAUUUCACAUUCGACAAUGGUGAAAUCUUGACCAGUAGCCUUUUGAGUGGGGCAAUGGAGAUCAGUGUCAAACGUGCUGAUUUGGAAACAAUAGAUUAUCUCAUCCAACAUAUCAUUUUGAAGAACAACAACUACAACAACAACAACGUGAGGAUAAAUGAGCUCAUCAACUUGGAACAUUGCAACACAUCUGUAUUGGAGUAUCUGUUUGACAAAGGACACAUCAGUGUGAAUGACAACCAUGAUCAGUUGGCACGAUUGAUAGAUUGGGCCUGCUCCAAAGGACACUUGGACAUCAUCAAGUGUGUUCAUCAACGAUGUGCCACACCAUCACAACUUCAAAGACAACUCCCAACACUGGAACCAAUUUUGAAUGCAUCCUGUAUGAACCAUCACCAAGUCAUCAGUUAUCUGUUUGAAGGUAAUGAUUCUCCAUUCCAACGAUCACAGGUCAAGAUGGACAUGAUACCAUUGCUCCAAGCUGUCAGAUACCAAGCUAUCAAAUAUUAUGGCAAUCUAAACAUCAUAGAGAUAUGUGAUCGAUUGUUGUCCAGUAUGUCAAUAGACCAGAUCACUGGUGGAAGUGGAGUCAAGAGACGAAUACAUGAAGACCAUGAUGCCAACACUACUCUAUCAAUCAAGGCAGCAAGGAUCCAAUCAACUUAA